AUGCGUGCUACAUUUGCUCUGCAGAACGCCGCCCGGACUCCCCUCAUCCGGUUCCUCGGAAGGCGUUCCAUCCCUCAAUCCAUCGACCACACUCCUCGUGCUCACCCCGCGUCUCCUUCUGGAAUCCUUCCUGACUCUUUCGCUGCCUACCGUGCUAAGGCUCAGCAGCACGGCCCACUUGGCCGUGCCUCUUUCACUCAGGGCGCCAUCGGUCGCAACCCCGGUGCUUCUUUGGGCCCUGUUCAGCCUCAGGAGGGUCAGUUCUUUGACCGUGCCGAGCUGCCUCAGCGCUUCCACCGUCUGCCUUGGACCGAGGCCGAGAUUGAGGCCAUCGAGACUGGCGGUGCUAGCCUGCACGCCUAA